CGGAACUGGAACUACAUAAUGCAGAAUCAACACGAGCUUCAUCUUCCACAGAAACGCUGAUGAGAAGAAGUGAACGAUUAAAUGAAAUACCAUUGACUAGGUAUUUCCAGGAAUUCGAGGAAGAGGAUUACCAGCAAUCCAAUAAUUAUAAUUUCGGAUUUCCUGAACUUUUUGGAGUAGAAAAUCAAGAACAGAAAACUCUUACUGUACAUAGGGGAAACAUUUUUGAUGAUCUUAUCAAAGCAUUCGAAGAUGAUUUUUUUCUCAGAGGAAAUUUAAAAUUAGAGUUGAUUCUUCCCACAGGCGAAAAAGAAUCAGCUGAAGACUUCGGUGGGGUAUGGAGGGAUGUUCUUUCCGAAUUCUGGCAGACAUUUUACGAAAAAUGUACAGUUGGAACUAUCAUGAAAGUUCCUUAUAUUAGGCAUGAUUUUGGGGAAUUGCAGUGGAAAGCUAUUGCAAAAAUUUUUUUAAAAGGAUUUAUAUUGGAGAAAUAUCUCCCCAUUAAAAUAGCUCCAGUUUUUCUCAAAACGUGUUUUAAUCUGAAUGUCAAUGAUGAAGAUCUGAUUAAUGAAUUUUUCAAUUAUAUUUGUGAUACAGAUCGACAAGUUUUUGAGCAAGCACAAAAAAAUUUUGAUGAAGUUGAUUUAGAUGAAUUAGUUGAAAUUUUCAGUACGUAUGAAUCUAAAUGGAAUCCAAACGAGGACAAUUUCAAACAGCUUUUGCGAGAUAUAGCACACAAAGAACUAAUUCAAAAACCAGCUUUUGUUGUGAAAUGCUUUCAGAAAGAAUGGGAGUAUAAAAUCACCAAUCAUGAAGAAAUACUGGAGCUAUACGAAAAAAUCAAACCCUCAGUUAAAAAUUGUCUUAAAAAAAUAGAACUCGAGAACUCAAAUAUUACAAAUGAACAAAAUAUUGUUUUCAAUUAUUUAAAAAAAUUCAUAAAAGAAGCUGACGAUACGAUAAGAGAAGCUUUUUUCAGAUACUGUACCGGCUCAAACUUACCAAUUAUGAGUAUAAAAGUAGCUUUCGUAGAAACAACUGGUAUCAACCGACUACCCAUUGCACAUACAUGCUCCGGACUACUGCAACUGUCAUCAACAUACGAGAAUUUCAUUAUUUUACGAAGCGAGUUAAAUUCUAUUUUGAAUUCAAAUAUUUGGAUAAUGGAUUUAGUGUAAUCCUUGGCGGAAUGAAAUCAUCUUUCUUCGGGGCUAUAAUAUUUUUAGCACUCGAUGACACCAGUCAGAUUUUUUGGCAUAUUAUGUCCUCGGAGAUAAGAUAACCCUCUUUUCACGAAUAAGUUGUUUUUAUUUUUUUAUUUAUAUUCGAGUUUGGCGCUUGAAACCUACUAUGAAUUUGUUUAGUGAGGACAAUUUGAGUAAUACGUAUAUUAUAGCUAGACAGAUUAGGAAAUUAAAUUGGCAUUAUAAUAUAGGAUUUACAAUAAUAGGUUUGUAUACAAUUUAGUCGAGCUAUAGUGAACCAAUACAUACACGUGUUGUAUAAUCAAGUAUCGAAUUAGACCACUGUAGCAUGUUUCUCCUUCCUACUGUUUAACCCAUUUUUACUACGAAAGAUGGAAGCUUGCAUAAUAUACAGUUUCAGUUACAAUAUUCAAAUUUGUGAAUGUAAGAUGAAGCCAACGAUUGAAACGAAGAGAGAGGAAAAUACAUUUCACAAUGGUCCAGUUGAAUACUCGAAUAUAACCGCGUAUAUCUGUAAUAUUUUGUGCUGGUCUACUGCCUCGAGUAGAUUUCGUUCAAACCUCCUACAGUCUGUGAUUUCUGAAACUGUAUUCUCUAGACUCUAGACUCUAGAGCAUAAAGAUUCAUUCUAGAGUCUAGAGUGUAGACUACUCUUGAGUCUAGAGUCCACAUUCGUAACCUAAAAAUGUUGCCAGCAGCUCAC